AUGGCUAUGUUCCAGAAUCGACACAGAAGAGUUAUUUUAGAAACACCAAGUUUUUGUGCAUGGUGGAAUUGGUGGGCUUAUUCAUCGACUACUGCAUUAGUAUGGAUUGCUGCUUAUGGUUCAAUUGAACGACAUUUACUUAUAUUUCAUAAUGGUAUUAUGGCAACAAGAAAAAGACGAUUCUUUCUCCACAUUCUACCAAUGUUAACUGCAAUUGUUUGCUCUUAUACAUUCUAUUUCGUUGUCAUUGUUUUCCAUUCUUGUGACGACUAUUGGGAUUAUACUGCACUGCUUUGUCUUUUACCAUGUUAUAUAUACAGUGAAUCUACAGUUGCAUUAUAUGAUUUUGUAAUGCAUACAAUGAUGCCAUUAAGCAUAGUAACUGUAGCAAAUGUGGCUUUAGUUAUUCGAGUAUUAUGGCAAAAAAGAAAUCAACAUGGAGAUUGGCAACGAAAAUGGAAAUUAGCUGCACAUCUUAUAUUAAUUGCUAUCUUCUUUAUGAUUACUUGGUAUCCAUUGGCAAUCAAUAAUAUGCUUAUCGACUAUCCAUUUGUCAUGAUCUAUUAUCGUUAUCGAAGAGUUAUUCCUGCAACACCUAGUUUUUGUUUAUGGUGGAAUUGGUGGGUUUAUUCAUUAACUGCUGCUUUUAUAUGGGUUGCAGCAUGGGGUUCAAUCGAUCGACAUUUACUUAUAUUUCAUAAUGGUGUUAUGGCAACACGAAGACGACGAUUUGUUUUUCAUACACUUCCCAUGCUAAUUGCAACUAUUUAUCCGUAUAUUUUUUAUUUUAUUGUGAUUAUUUUGAACUCAUGCGAAAACUAUUGGGAUUAUAAUUAUGUCUUUUGUCUUCAACCAUGUUUCGGAUAUAGUCAACCUACUGUUGCAUUAUAUGAUUUUGUGAUGCAUACAAUGAUACCAUUAAGCAUAGUAACUGUAGCAAAUGUGGCUUUAGUUAUUCGAGUAUUAUGGCAAAAAAGAAAUCAACAAAGAGAUUGGCAACGAAAAUGGAAAUUAGCUGCACAUCUAAUAUUAAUUGCUAUCUACUUUAUGAUUACUUGGUAUCCUGAAGCGAUUAAUAAUAUUGUUUACAUAUAUACAUCAUCACCGGUAUCAGUUAGUUUACAAGUGAAAUAUUUCUUUUUUCUUCCGGCUAUAUUAGAAAUGACACUUCCAAUGGUUUCAUUAUUUUUUCUACCGGAUUUCAAAAGAACAGUUUUCAGAUUUCGACAAACUACUGUUAGGCCUGUAACUUUUAAUCUUCAGACAAUGACGGCUAGAAGACUUUAG